CCUCCUUCAUCGGGAUCUUGCCCGAUCCAAUCCAACAACAGCCGCCACCCUCCUUGGAAUCCUCCCGAUCAAAUCCAUCCAUCUCCACCAUCCAAUCAAUCCAACCCAUCGCCGCAGUUUCCUCCUCCUCCUGCCGAGCUACCAUGUCCGCAGCGACGCCGCGCACGAGCCCCACUGCCUCCUCUGCUUCCUGAGCGCCACCGCAGCAACAGAUGUAGGCCCCUUCCUUGUCCCCUUGCACCGCCAAGCCGCCCGAGCGCGUUGCCUCACCGACCCCGCUGUCGCUCCCUCCAGCGGCCUCGCUUGUCGGUGUCCUCACCACCAGCAGGAGCCCCAUGCAACGCCAUGGAGGGUUGCAGCCCGAGCUCGCAUCCGUCACCGCAACAGAGUCACCACCGCAUCUCCACGGAUCCGUCGGGUCUUGGCCAUCCUCGUCGUUGCCGGACCUGAUUCCUUUGCCUCGCCCGAAGCCGCGUCCUCGCAGGAUCCGUCGCCUCGCCAAGUACCUCGCCAGAGAGCACCUCCAUGGAGCCGAGGAGCUCCUGCACGCUGCCUCCGCCCCGGUGCACUUUGCCUCUGCCGUCUCCAGCACCACGCCAUGGCCGCGCCCUUCGAAGCUUGGAGCUCCAAGUCCGCCAGCCCGCCGCCGCAUUGAUCCAGCAGGGAACGGGCACACCGGCGAUCUCCUGCGACGGGAUCCUGCUCCUCCGCCGCCCUACUCCGUUCGUCGCCGUCUCCGCAAGCCCUGCGCCCCUUCCGCCGGAGCACGCUGCCCCGUUUGCUUGGACCCGCGCCCGGACCCCUCCACCCCCGGCGAGCUCCGCCUCCCGUUCCCGUCGCUCCGGCCGCUCAAGUCCCGCCUCGCCGUGCCUCUGCUUCGUGCGCGCCGAGACAAGUCGACCGCUGCCGUACGCGGGUCGUGGGCGCGUUGACCACGCCUUGCCUCCAAGGCCCAGAUCCAGCGCCAAGGCCGGCCCAACACCAAGACGCCAAGGCCCGGUUCCCUAAAGCCCAACGUGAGGAAGCCCACCUCCUGUUUUCUCCUGUGCAGCCUAGUUCGGGCCAGUUUCGGCCCGACUCCUGUUUUUUUCCUGAGGAGUGAUUUAUUUAUUUAUCCAGUUAAAAACAGAAUUGCAAAAAAACCCUCAAACUUCAUGCAUAUCAUAUAUCUCAAACUGUGCAUCAUAUGGAAAAACUUUAUAUAUGAAAUAUGCUUAGAAUUGCAUCUAGUUUCAUAUUAUGCCAUUUUCCUCCAUGUUUGAUAUGUUUAAAAUGUUGUUUGUUUAAAUUUGCUCAAAUGCCAUGCUAAACUGCUUUAUUUCAUAACUAAUUAACCGUAGCUCGGUUUUAAACAAACUUUAUAUG